GAGCUCAGAGACACAGCUGCAUCUUCGCAUGCAGUUACAACAAAACUCAAUGAAUGACAGGCAACUAUAGCACUGAACCUGCCUGCAGCAUUUCUGCACGGCAAAAAAAACCUUAAAUGAUUCAUAAGAACAUCUGACAGAUGAUUGAAUCUUUAUAUUUUCAAAUAUCGUACAGCUUAGUAACAUUUCCACCAUGGUGCUCGGAAAGGUGAAAAACUUCUUUGUCAGCUACGACUGUCUCAAUGACAGUAAUGUCCCUGUCUUUGCCAGUGGGGACUUUGUGUCAGGUCGGGUUAUCAUUGAAGUUACCGGAGAAAUUCGCGUGAAAUCUUUGAACAUUCACGCGAAGGGACUGGCGAAAGUUCGUUGGACUGAAUCUCGCAAUGCUGGAUCCAACACUGCCUACACACAGAAUUUCACCGAAGAAGUGGAGUAUUUAAACCACAGAGACGUCCUUAUUGGACAUGAUCGGGAUGAUGACAACUGCGAUGAAGGCUUCACCGUUCUUCACUCAGGACGACAUGAGUUUCCCUUCAGCCUUGAACUGCCCCAGACGCCUUUGGCGACAUCCUUUGAAGGCAAACACGGCAGCGUGCGGUACUGGGUGAAGGCGGAGCUUCAUAGGCCAUGGCUCCUGCCCAUGAAAACCAAGAAGGAGUUCACUGUCUUUGAGCACAUUGACAUCAACACUCCAUUGUUACUGUCUCCUCAGGCUGGCACAAAGGACAAAACGCUUUGCUGCUGGUUCUGCACCUCAGGGCCUGUAUCACUAAGUGCCAAAAUCGAGAGGAAGGGCUACACUCCUGGAGAGUCCAUCCAGAUCUUCGCAGAGAUUGAAAACUGCUCUUCCCGUGUGGUUGUGCCAAAGGCAGCCAUCUACCAAACCCAGACCUUCUUUGCCAAAGGGAAGGUCAAGGAGAUCAAACAGCUCGUAGCUAACCUCCGUGGAGAUCCUCUACCCUCUGGCAAGACUGAGACUUGGGAUGGCAAGAUGCUGAAGAUCCCACCCAUAUCGCCUUCCAUUCUGGACUGCAGUAUCAUCCAUGUGGAAUAUUCGCUCAUGGUGUAUGUGGACAUCCCUCGAGCCGUAAACCUGACUCUGAACCUGCCCCUAGUAAUCGGCACUAUUCCCCUCCACUCCUUCGGCAGCCGCACCUCUUCCGUCAGCAGUCAGUGCAGCAUGGCCAUGAGCUGGCUGGGAUUGCCCGAGAGACCUGAAGCUCCACCAAGCUACUCUGAAAUCAUCACUGAUGAGGAGCGACAGAACAACUUGGAGCUCCCAGCUGUGAGAGAUGAGAUUGAAGGACCACUUUACGCUUACAUUCACGAGUUCCGCUUCCAGCCUCCGCCCCUUUAUUCCGAGGUUGAUCCCAAUCCUGAUCAAGUGUGCGGAUCUAUGGACAGGAGACCAGAUACCUGUCCAUCCCGCUGAAAGAGUGACCACACCUGACCAGUGCUGUCAGGGAUCUCUUAUCUCUACAACCUCAAAUGAGGUUUGUUCUUCCUCCAUGAAGAGGCACAAGCGGCCAUCUUGGUGACGCAGAUGGAUAUCCUCCAGGAGACACUCCCAAUCCAGGUCGAGUCCAGCUCAGUAGCCCGUAAAAGCUGCUGAAGAUCUUGAGUGAUUCCCUUCCCCUUCCAUCAUUGGUGAAAAGAGUACCUACAGGAUUUGUCGGAGUUAAACUGUGCCCUUGACACCAAGAUGGACUAAACCCAACACCACUAAGUGUGAGAACUGUGUCCAAACAUCUCCAACUUUGUUUUGGAUGUGAUUCUUCACUUAUUUGAAUGAUUAGACCGAAUCAUCUUGAAGAUUUAUCGGUGAUCAUUGUACUAAGAGCAACAAAAAUAUCUCCAGCCAUCCUACAACUACUCCAGCAGAACAACGACAGACUUUCUUUUUUGUCAAUUGUUUGUUGUUUCUUGAUUUAGAAGAAGUGGCUUUACCACCAUCGAUUUUCUUGAAAUAUUUUUGAGAAUGUUGGAAACUGUAGAUGAAGAUGCAACAAGACCUGCUUCAAAGAUUUUAAAGUGGGAUUCUGACUUGCCACGUUGCCUUUCUGCUAGAAGGAAACUGCAAGAGCAUCAAACAGCACUUGGCACUGAUUCAAGUGGUGAAAGAAAAGAGACCAUUGACAGCGAGCAAGGAGGACACUCAUCGAGAUGCAAGACAUUCCUGAAUCUGUCCUCCUCCUCUCGCUGUUAUGAAAUACGCAGAAAACUGCACUCCAGAACUCUUGGUUGAGCUUCGCACUGUAUGUACAACUAAGAGCUAACUAGACUCUCGAUAUAUUCUUUUUUUGUUUUUUUUGUGGCCUGUUGGCGUAGGCCUUUACAAUUAGCACUUUUCAUCGAUUGCAUUCAAAGUGUAUACCGAAGCUUGGCUAUAAUGCACAACAAAACGUAUGAUCUGACGUUUACAUGUGAUUUAGGUAUGUUUGGUUACAUAAAUGUGCUGUUAACAGACAAACUAGAAUCACUGGUUAUGCGUUUGGACUAAUGAAACAAUCGUUGAGGCCUUGGCACAAAACCAUAUUUGUUUUUUUCACUGUUAAUGUGCGCUGUGCUGACAUUUACCUGUUAAAAAAGGGACUAUGUACUUCUUGUGAACUGUAUGCAUCCUUACUUUGAUGUUUGUGCACUGUGGGUCAUGGUGAAAAUUGUGUUUUGUAUUUUACUUUGGAUACUACAAGAACAUUCUCAAACAUGCACUUCCAGGGAAUUAAAUAACCCUCAUAGAGACUGAACAUGUAAUGUAUACUGCAUAUAGGAAGCAACAUUGCUCUUCAGUCAGUCAGGUCCAGAGGUAAUUAAACUGGCUUCCAUUUUUUUCCAUUUCAGGGGUUGAUGAGUGAUGAAAUGGGUAUUAAGCUACUCCUAAGUUGAACGGUGCAAUAUCUGCUGUGUGUUUUCAGUGCGUUUCCACAUAAUUUUGUAUUCUUGGCUUGUUUCUAACUUUUGUACCAUUUUGUAGGUGGUGUAUAUUGUCACAGCAAAAAAACAUGUAUGUUUGUCUGUUUUUGCUCCAAUCUGUUGAAAUAAAUAUGCCAUUUUCUACAAAAAA